GGCUUGUUAGGCGGUUAGGCCAUUGUACGGCAAUUUGUACCUUUUUUUUCAUCAUAAUUCAACUUCUAAUACCACUACCAACUUCUUUUCCGAAUACCACCCGCUCAAUCUCCUGCGAAUCAUUCCUCCCACAUUGCCAUGGUAUUCGCCAGAUGUUUACCUCAUGUCCAGUCCGCCUCGUAAGCUCGAAAAUGCCGCAACUGCCGCACCGGUGAGCCCCCAAGGUGUGGCCACUGGGCGUUCCAGUGCUGUCGCUACCACUGGGAUAGCGACUGAUAGCCCAUCUUCCUCUUCCGCCGCUGUGACUGGCUCACCCUCCGUAUCUGACCAUGCACGGCCGCCUGCAAGUGUCUCGCCUGCUGUACCAGUACCCCCCGGUACCCAUGUGCCAUCCACAACCACUCUUCCAUCAUCCCUCGUCGUUAACCGUAUCGACCAAAACAAUAAGAAACCACGGCCGCCCACGGUCCUCCAAAAGUCCAAUGGCCCGUCUUUGCUCACACAAGCUCUGGCUUCUGCUCGUGGAAUUCCACCUUCCCACGUAGAUCAACGCCGUCCCGAGCAGAAGCCUGUACAGCCAAAUGGUCCAAAUCGAACCACCCAACCCAGACAUGUAUCUACUGAACCACGCAUCGGGCAUGCGGUGACGGAACCGCAAGAUGACCUUGAUGACCAGAGUGGACACGAUUCCUUAACCCCGACUGGCCAAGUUCUCUUUUCUGAGUCUACCAGACCGAUAUCCGCACCUUCUUUGUCCUCUACCACCAAUUUUGGGGUGGGCGUUACCGCCCCUAUGUCAAUCGCGAUGCCUGGAACUAUAGGCACGAGUACGACCGUUAUAAGCAACCAGGACCCUAAUGCGGGUGGUGCAGGCAGAGGGCGUUCGCUGGAACGCACAGAUAAAGAGCUCCGUCUACGUUUGUCGAACCACCCCGAUUCGAGGCUAGAUAACAUUGGAGAUACGUCGUACUUUCGUGAUGGUACGCUUCCCGAUAUUACACCGUCUACCAACGACAAACCUGAGGCCCUUUCCGACACGCGAAUGCAGUAUAGGGCAUGGAGAGUAGAGCGCACAGUCUCAAUGGGCCCGGAGAAGGCUUGGUCUAUCGGCACAAACGAUGUAAUUGGCCAUGAAGAUGGACAGGUCGAAAAGUCUAUUACAGAGGUUUUGGCGGGUGUUGAGCCGACUCGUAGUCGGAAAGCAAGUCAUAGUUUGCGCUUUUUCAAAGAAGGUCUCCCGGAAGAAAAAGGCAGACGGAGAGAGUCGAAAUCUACAGGCCAUCAUCGAGAGAAGUCACUGCUUGCCAAAGGGCUUCUAUCGGGUGUGCAUUAUCAGAAGCACAUUGACGAGAACUUUGUCUUUCAGGAUCCGACCCCCUCGCCACAGUCUAUUGAAGACGACCAAUCCCCUUCUUAUCUAUCGAGCGUGCAGUCUUUCCCUUGGGGCACUUCGGAUUCCGAGUCUGUUCCUCCUAGAACCGCCGAACUUGACUACUUUGGCUUGCCACGGCCACAGAAGCACAUUGUUGAACCCGUGAGACCACCCUCUCCUCGGGAAGAGUUGGCCGUAAAGGCUGCUGUCUACAACCAGCCCAACGGCCCCGACAUCACGCCCGACGACAGCGUUGCGCAGAGUCGUAGGCAGUCAAGUGACAUAACUGAAACUAGAGAAGCUGCUGAAGAAGGUGACGAGUCAUCCGAGGAGAAGAUAUCAUCCGCUGUAUUUCUACCACAUCAGGGGUUAGAACAAUCUUCAGAAAAUAUAGGUGCUAUACCCGAAGAUUUCGAAAUUUCCCAGCCUGUUUCCCGCAAACCUCACAGCGAGGACUUUCACCCUUGGCUAGUUAAAGCGGACGAACCUGAGGCGAGGGUUGACGGACCAGACGGUGGUAAUGUUAACCGUAAUAAUGACACAGCCCCUCAUGUUGAAGAAUUUCCGCGAAUAGAUGAUGAAUGUGCUGUCGAGGAUGAGGUCGAGCUUCCCCAGAAAUCUCGUGAUUUAUCUGCCAGAUCGUCGCGAAGGUCGUCUCGACCAGUGUCUCAGUAUUACGAGGAUAUGGUGCACGAUCACCAACUCGGUCCAAAGUUACCCCUUGAAGCCAUUGAACUCAUACCGUAUAAACAUCAGGUUGGCGGCCAUACAACUAUCUGGAGAUUUUCCAAGAGAGCUGUCUGCAAGCAAUUAAACAACCGAGAAAACGAGUUCUAUGAGAAAAUAGAAAGAUAUCACCGUGAUCUUCUACCAUUCCUGCCUAGGUAUAUUGGUGUACUUAAUGUCACAUUUCAAAAGCAGCCGCGACGCAAGUCAACCAUCAGAAAGGAUGACGGUAAUACAGCGGAUAAUAAAUUAGGCGAACAAGAUGGCGCGCCGAAUGGUAGCAACGGCACAGCCCACUUAGGUACCACCCAAGGACUAGAUACCUCGGAAAAGGAGGAACGCCAUCACCGCAGGAUUGUGAGCCAAUCUUUACAAUCAUCACAUACACCGAUCCCUACGGUUACUUUUGUUGACAACCGCCACAUUCUUCCUCGGAGUUUACUUCGACCUGCAGUGUCAGCAAGCGAACAUGGCCGCCCAAGGAGUGCAUCCGCGGCCGUAGGACAGAAACAUGUACGUGAUCACAACGCCACAUUAUCGGACGGAGAUGCAUCAUCCCGACCAACUCUAGAGGAUCGACACGCCAACAGUUGGGGUGCCACGACUGUUAAUAAGAAGUUACGAAAUGAAGUUUUCAAUGAUGCGUUUUUAAAACAGCCCAUUGCGAUACACAAACAUAGGAGGCCAGCAUCCCAGCAGCGAGCAAUUCCUCGUCGUUCGGUACAACGAUUUGAUCAGCCGCUGGAAAUCCCCUCACCUGGCCAAGAAAAUCCAGAGAAUAGUAUUCCAUUAAUCAAUGAUGUAAAUUCUGUGGAAACUUUUCCGCAACUCUUGCAAAGCCAGAGUGACGUGGGCCCGAAUUCAGGUUGUUUGAAAGUUGAGAGUCCGGACCAAUUGAAGGAUGUUACAGGUACAAGUGCGCCAGAGCCGGAAACUAUGUCGGAUAAGUUCCCUUCGGAAAGGAAAAAACGGCGAAAUUCGGGAAGCAAACUUCGUCGAAAACCCCAAGAUGUCUCAGACCCACGUGGUCAUCUGAAAUACUUCGAAGACCCAGACGAAGUCGAAUAUAGGAGAGAUAACGAAAUACAUACAGCGUUGCAAGGGCUCGUUCAUAAUCAGACAAAUGGCCAUGCUCAAAUAGGUGAAGCCACGGAGAACGGAGUUUCGGAUAUUUCCGUACCUCAGUCGAGCUUUUCGUCCGCAUUCCCUUCGGCACUUCCAAGCCCAACAGCAGAAUUCAGGAGGAUUCCUCGUCCUAUUAACCCUAAAGAAGCCCAGACGCAGCGCGACUCGCGUGUUGAAUACUUCCUUCUUCUAGAAGAUCUCACCGCUGGUAUGAGACGUCCAUGCAUCAUGGAUCUAAAAAUGGGCACUCGACAAUAUGGUGUAGAGGCUAGCCCCAAGAAACGCGAGUCUCAGCAACGUAAAUGCGCCUCAACAACAUCAAGGGAUUUAGGUGUGAGAGUUUGCGGCCUGCAGGCUUGGGAUGCCAAAUCUCAAACCUACGUCUUCAAAGACAAGUACUACGGACGAGAUCUUAAAGCCGGUGCGGAGUUUCAAAACGCCCUAACUAUGUUCCUCUACGAUGGCGUGGAUUAUAGUAGCGUCUUAAGACAUAUUCCAACUAUCCUACAAAAAUUAAACCGACUAGAAAUGACUAUCCGCCGGUUGCGCGGUUAUCGUUUCUACGCAGCUAGUCUUCUGAUGUUCUACGAUGCGGAUAAUUCCGAUGAGGGUUAUGACACGGCUGCUGAUGAUUCAACCACGGACUUCGCGACAGAUGCGGAGGAUAUGUGGGACAUUAGAAAACGACGCAAAAAUAAGAAAGAAAUCGAUUUCAAAAUGGCUGAUUUCGCCAACAGCGUUACGGCGGGAGACUUGGCGGAGAACAAGCCAUGCCCGCCGAAGUGUCCCAAUGAACCAGACCGGGGAUUUCUCCGUGGUCUGGCGACGUUGAGGAAAUAUUUCUUGAAGAUACAGAAGGACGUACGCAAUGACUUGGGAUUGGUUACACCGCGUAACCGGGAAGAAGAGGUGGGGGGGACGGAAAAAAUUGACGACGGAGAAACCUCCGUCAGCGAGUAAUAAACUUAUAACAACAACGACGACGACAACCAACCUUCUGGCAGCAAUUUUUUGCAUUCCGCUAGCGAUAAUGCUGACACCGGACUCUCCGAACAUGCUUGAUUUUUUAAUUCUUUGUUUAUAGUUCUCGGAUGGAUUUCGCUAGAAUGGCGCACCGGUAUCGUCAUAUCAUGGGUCCAUGGAUUGGCGCUUCUUUUUUUCUUCCUCCUUUUUGGUUGGGUUUGAAAUGGUUAUGACAUUUUUUCUUUUUUAUGCUUUUGAACAUACCCGCACUGUUUGGGGCGUCCUGAGUUCGUUGGUGCUACGGGAGCAUGAGGCAUGAAACGGCUUACAGAAUGGAGAGAAGAAAAAAGAGCCUACCGCUCAGUCAUCGCUUUUCGAAAAAUUUUCCUUUUGGGGGGCUGGAACCGAUGAAGGAGGGAUGUGGAUUGAUAUCAGAAUGAGACGAUGCUGGCUGCAUGACGAUUAUGUUUAUUCUGAGCAGCUGCUAUCAUGAGUUUUUAAAGAUUGAGGUACUUUGGUAGUAGAUAAAAAUGAUUUAUUGGAUUAUUGUUACGUUUUUCUGUUAUGAACUUGGUGAUAUCGCUGUCUCCUGAAUAUACCCUUAAUAUUGUAGAGUACAUCUUAUGACGAUCUGAUAUGUACC